AUGACCAGAUUCAAGUUGGAAAACCUGAUCAACUACAAUUUCGACUCGAACAGGAUCGAUGACUUUGGUCAACUGGACCAUCUCUCUGACCUCCCACUACGUGAGCUCGUUCUCACCAACAACCCAAUAUCAAGCAAGCCAAACUACAGAAUGGAGGUUGCCAAGCGAUUCCCCGAUCUACAAUUCCUGGAUGGUGUCGCCUUCACACCGGCUGACUUCCCUCCCAGCCCCAUCCCGCCCUUGAGGCCAAGCUACAGCGACACUAUUGAGAGACAACAGUUUGCCUAUAGGUUCCUCGAAAAAUACUUUACAACAUUCGACAAGGAUCGCAUCAACAUUGUGAAGGCAUACACUGAGGACUCUGUCUUCUCGAUGACCUUCACAGCAUCCGACGUCCGAGGAGCAUCCAAGAACUAUCAGAGGCACAACAGAAACCUCCUCAAAAGCUUAAACCUGGAGAAAAGGACCGACCUACUCUUUGUUGGAAUCGAGAGGAUAUACAAUUUCUUCAAGAUCUUCCCACAGACAUCGCACAACUUGACUACGCCAGUUGUCGAUAUAUUCUUGGUGCCAAAGCUUACACCAGAGUCAACUGAUGCACUCUACGUUAUCACACAUGGAUUCUUCACAGAGACAUCCUUCUGCACCAAGCGAUCAUUCGAUCACACUUUUGUGUUGGUACCAUCGGCACCAAACUCGGAAGCUGCCAAACAAGGCUGGGAGGCGGUCAUCUUGAAUGAACAACUCCACAUCAGACCUUAUGUCAGAUUCCCCAGACUUGAGCCGCUAGAAGCCGCUCCUGUCAGCGUCCCAACGCCAGUCGCAGCAGCGACUCCCGACCAAGACCAACUCAUCAAGCAAUUCGUCUCUAUGACUUCGCUCAAGGAUGAAUUUGCUCUUGAGUGUCUGGUCCACAGUGGAUGGGAUAUCAACAAUGCAAUGAGCACUCUUCAAGCUCUUAAGAGCCAAAACAAGAUUCCAGCUCACUACUUCAAGUAA